GAGGAACUUUAACUUUCGGGGCUCAUUUCUGCUUGGCUCUAGUAAUCUGGAUUAACAAAGAUUCAACUCAAUACUUAAAUAUUUAUUAUUUUCAUUGCAAUUAUGGAAACAACAGGUUGGAUGAUGCAUAUGGUAAAGCUAGUAAUUUUCAUUGUCACCAUCACAGCAACCACAACGACAACUUUAUAUGUUCAAUUGGAUAAUUCGAAUUAUGGGGACAUUCCAGGUGUACUUCGUUUCGGGAAACGUGAUUACGAUCCAGAUCCUGUUUACAGAAAUCCUUUACCGAAUAUAAUGCAGUUUAAUGAAAAUGGUUAUGAGAAAAAGGAUAUACCCGGAGUAUUGAGAUUCGGUAAAAGGGAAGGAGACAUUCCGGGUGUACUAAGAUUUGGUAAACGUAAUGAUGAUAUACCGGGCGUUCUACGUUUCGGGAAACGAUCAGUGCCGGGAGUAUUACGAUUCGGUCGUCGUUAAGCAAACGAAGAAAAAAAAGCAGAUCUUAUAUUUUGAUGCUAGUAAACUAUAUCACGUUUAUACUUAUUUUUCAAAAUUUUAAAAAUAUUAUAAAAAUAAUUGUAAGCAAUUUGAGUGGAAGUACAUCAUUUAUGUGAUAUUAAUGAUAACACGGUAAAUAAGAGUAAUACUGA